GACAGCACGCGCAAAGAGGUGCACCUGUAAUCCACGCUGCUCACUCGCUGAUGUGCGGAUAGUGUGAGAGCAUCCAGAAGAGAUAUUCUACACCACGCGCAUACCCAUGCUUGGGAUUUGGCUUUCUUUUUCUUCGCUAAUGCAAAAGAAAAUAUGCAGCGAAGCCUCUCACUGCUCUGCACCAGUUUUCUGGGAUUGUGCCUCGGUUCCAGUUUCCCAAGUAAUAUCAACAUAGGAGGGUUAUUCCCAACCGAAUCACACGAAUAUGAAGUGUUUCGGUUUGCGCUCUCGCAUCACCAGGAUAUCCCUAAACUGGUACCUCAAGUGGAUAUGGUCAAAAUGGGGAAUAGCUUCUCCAUGACAUAUGCUUUCUGUUCGCAGUUCUCCAAAGGAGUGUACGCCAUCAUCGGCGUGUACGACAGGAAGACUGUCAACAUGUUGAUGUCGUUCUGCGGUGCGCUACACGUCUGCUUUGUGACGCCCAGCUUCCCCAUGGAAAACUCCAACCAGUUUGUCAUCCAGCUGAGACCCGAACUGCAGGACGCCCUGGUGGGCGUAAUCGAGCACUACAAGUGGUCUAGGUUCGUCGACAUGUACAGCUCGGACUCUG